GUAUUACCCAUCAGCAUGAAGGUUGUCGACAAAAUCCAAAAAGCUAAUGAUGAAGGACGCUGCUUCUGGUCCUUUGAGUACUUUCCUCCAAAGACCGAGUCUGGCGUUGUGAACCUGUUCGAUCGUAUGGAACGCAUGUAUCUACUAGGCCCAGAGUUUAUUGAUGUUACCUGGGGUGCUGGUGGUACUACUUCUGAUUUGACUCUUGAGAUCUGCACUACUGCACAGGCUGUUUUUGGUCUCGAGACAUGCAUGCAUCUUACUUGCACCAACAUGCCUCGGAUCAAAAUUGAUGAGGCUCUUGAGCAAGCCAAGAACGCUGGCAUUAUGAAUAUUCUUGCACUUCGCGGCGAUGCUCCUCGUGGCCAGACAAAUUGGACCAAAGUCGAGACUGGUUUUUCGUAUGCCACUGAUUUGGUACGCUACAUUCGUGAAAAGUAUGGCGACUACUUUUGCAUUGGUGUUGCAGGCUAUCCUGAGGGCCAUACUGAAACCCCUGACAAGGAAGCUGAUUUGCUGUACUUGAAAGAAAAAGUGCUUGCUGGUGCAGACUAUAUUGUUACACAGCUUUUUUACGAUGUUGAUAUCUAUAUUGAUUGGUCCAAGAAAGUCCGAGCAAUGGAUAUUACCAUUCCCAUUCUUCCUGGUUUGCUUCCCAUUCAAAACUACAGUGGAUUCAAGCGCAUGACUGCUCUCUCUAAAACCUUUGUUCCUCAGUUUAUCCUAGACGAUCUUGAACCUAUCAAGGACGAUGACCAAGCUGUUAAAGACUAUGGUAUUCGCUUGGCUGUUCAGAUGUGUAACAAAAUGAGAGAAGCUGGCCAGCGCGGAUUCCAUUUCUACUGUUUGAAUCUGGAGCGCUCCACUCGCCUCAUUCUUGAAGGCCUUGAUUUUGUUGCUCCCCGUGAGAAUGUCAAGCCCUUGCCGUGGAAUCCAUCUUUGGGUAAAAAUAGAGAAAAGGAGACUGUUCGUCCCAUCUUUUGGCGUAACCGUACCAAGAGUUACAUUAUGCGUACUGAUGGAUGGGACGAGUUUCCUAAUGGUCGCUGGGGAGAUUCUCGUUCUCCUGCCUACGGUGACAUUGAUGGCUAUGGAAUCAGACUCAAGUAUUCUGCUGAAGACUGCUUAACUUUUUGGAACCACCCUGAAACUCUUGGUGAUAUCUAUGGUCUUUUUGAAAAAUACUGCAUGGGUGAUCUUAGCUGCCUUCCAUGGAGUGAUACCCCACUUUUCCCCGAAUCCGAAAUUUUGCGUGCCCGUCUUGCCAACAUCAAUCGUAGUGGGUUUUUGACAAUCAACAGUCAGCCGGCUGUUGAUGGUGCUCUUUCUUCCGACUCUGUUUACGGCUGGGGACCCAAGAAUGGAUAUGUGUAUCAAAAGGCAUACUUGGAAUUUUUCAUUUCACCCAAAAAGCUUGAUCUCUUGCUUGAAAAGCUUUGCCAGCAUCCAUUCUUGACUUACCACGCUGUUAACAAAAACGGUGAUCUCAAGACCAACACCAAAAACGAUUCACCCAAUGCCGUUACAUGGGGUGUUUUCCCUGGACAAGAGAUUGUUCAGCCUACUGUUGUCGAAGGUGUUAGCUUUAUUGCAUGGAAGGACGAAGCCUUUGAGCUUUGGAAACAGUGGAGCCAGCUCUAUUCUGCAGAAUCCCCCAGCUAUAAGAUUAUCAACCACGUCACCUCCAACUGGUUUUUGAUCAACAUUGUCGACAACAAUUACAAAAACCGGUUUGCCAUUUACGAUAUCCUUGACCAAGUUGCUGCCGAUGCUAAAGACAUUAUAGAUCAUUAAGCUGUACUUUGGGUUUUAAACCAUGCGUUGGAUCAUGAGUGCUUGUUUAUGGAGUCGAGCGACAAAACGAAACUACUGUCGGGCUUUUUGUUGUAUUGCUGUAUUCGCGUAAAAUAGGACACUUGUGUUCAUCUUGCAGUGACUAUUUUACUUGAAAUAAACAAUGGUUAAAUAUUCAUU